AUGGCUCCAAAAAGCAAGAAGCCAGUUCAAUGUGAAGUAUGCUCUGAACAGAACUACAAGUAUACCUGCCCACGGUGUGGAAUCAUUUAUUGCUCGUUGGGUUGCUACAAGAAGCACAAAGAAUCUAGCUACUCGGAAAAUAAUUCCAAAGCCCCACUGUCGACAGCGAAUGCGCCAGUCAACAACGAGGCACUAGUAAGAAUAGACGAAGCGGCUUUGGCAGAUCCUACACCCCUUCGCCCCUUGACAUCCUUGAAAUGGCCCUAUGUUCCUGAGGAAUCCGCCUUCCCCGACCCAUUGAAGCGUGACGAUCCCAAAACUCUUCAGCUCCCGCAAUACGAGGCAAUUGCGACUUCUCCCGCUAUUCGAAGGAUCCUUUCCCAACAGAAAAACCUCCCAGAGUUGUUGACGAACAUCGAUAAACUACGGGGACCCGAUCGCGAUGCAGCUAUACAAAGAGCGUUAGGGGUCACUGCCCCAGAAAUAGACAACCAACUCCAUAGACAAGAGCUGAGCGAAGAGGUUCUAGCUUUCCGGGAACUGGCUGAGGCUAUCGAAGCGGCUGUAAGGGGUGGAAAUGAAGCGGCUCUCGGGUUGAAUUGGGGAGAUUGA